AUGGCGACAAUGCGGCCUCAAACAAUCCUACUACCGCGGCGCAUCGACCCCAUGUUCAUCAUCGACGGCAAUGGAGGUUCACUAGUCAACGGCAACGACAUUGGUGAUGGUAAACAUUUCUAUUGUGCCAAGUGCAUGUCUGUCGUGCCAUGUGCAUGUAUUCGGCCCUGCUUCAGCAUGUGCGACCAUGACUUCUGCUCGAGCUGUGUUGCCAUGAAGCUACCCCAGAAUGUCGCCCGCCUCAAAUGCACUGGGGAGAGCUCGACGGCGUCGGAGAAAUAUCGCGGCGUGACGAUCUUGCGGCCUGAAACGGUCCAAGUACCGUCGCGCAUCGACCCCAUGUUCAUCACCGAUGGCAAUGAAGGUUCACCCGUAAACGACAUCAGUGACAGUAAGCGCUUCUACUGUGCCAAGUGCAUGCAUGUGGUGCCAUGUGCAUGUAUGAGGUACAACUUCACCAUGUGCGACCACGACUUCUGCUCAAGGUGUGUUGCCAUGAAGCUGCGCCAGAACGUCGCCCGCGUCAAAUGUACGGGAGAGAGCUCAACAGCGUCGGAGGAAUAUCGCGGCGUGACAAUGUUGCAGCCUGAAACAGUCCAAUUACCAUCGCGCAUCAACCCCAUGUUCAUCACCGAUGGCAAUGAAGGUUCACCCGUAAACGGCAUCAGUGACAGUAAGCGCUUCUACUGUGCCAAGUGCAUGCAUGUGGUGCCAUGUGCAUGUACAAGGUACAACUUCACCAUGUGCGACCACAAUUUCUGCUCAAGAUGUGUCGCCAUGAAGCUGUGCCAGAACGUCGCCCGCGUCAAAUGUACGGGAGAGAGUUCGACAGUGUCGGAGGAAUAUCGCGGCGUGACAAUGUUGCAGCCUGAAACGGUCCUAGUAUCGUCGCGCAUUGCACCUUUGUCCAUCACCGAUGGCAACGAAGAUUCACCUGUGGACGACAUCACCGAUGGUAAGCGCUUCUUUUGUGCCAAGUGCAUGCAUGUGGUGCCAUGUGCAUGUAUAAGGUCCAACUUCACCACUUGCGACCAUGACUUCUGCUCGAGGUGUGUUGGCUUGAAGCUGUGCCAGAACGUCCCUCGUGUCAAAUGUACCGUGGACAACUCUACGGUGGCGGAGAGAUACCACAGCAUGGCGAUGGUGCAGCCUGAAACAGCUGUAUCAUCGCCCAUUGACCCUAAGUUCGUUACCGGUGGCAAUGAAGAUUCACCGCUGGUGGAUGGCAACGACAUCGGCGAUGAUAAGCACUUCUACUGUGCUAAGUGCAUGCAUGUGGUGCCAUGUGCAUGUAUACGGUCCAACUUCAGGACGUGCGACCACGACUUCUGCUCUAGGUGUGUCGCCGUGAAGUUAGGCCAGAACAUCGCUCAUGUUGGAUAUUCUGAAGGUGAGGACGGUGAUGAUGAUCUGUUCUAUUGCAACAUCUGCAUGGAGAUGGUGGCGAGGACCCUCAAGUUCAGCGUCAACUCGUGUGGCCACGUCUUCUGCUCAAGCUGUAUCACCCAGUACGUCGCCGCAAAGCUGGACAACAAUGUAGCUCGCGUCGAAUGCCCUGACCCAGGCUGCAAGGGCGGUGUCGUUGAGCUGGAGAGGUGCCAUGACAUCAUUCCCCUGGACCUCCUCGACAAAUGGGGUUUCCUGCUGUGCGAAUCUGCGCUUGGCACCAAGAGGAUAUACUGCCCAUACAGAGAAUGCUCGGCGCCUCUGCUUGCUGACAGCGAGGCCGGGGUGACUGCGGUCAGGGAGGCGGAGUGCCCGCACUGCCACCGGCUUUUCUGUGUCCGCUGCGCUGUGCCAUGGCAUGGCGGCAUCACUUGCAAUGAGUUCCAGAAGCUUGGACUGGACGAGCGCGGCCCGGAGGACAUCUUGCUCAGGCGUCUCGUCGGCAGGGAGGGGUGGCAGCGGUGCCCGAAGUGCCAGAUGUACGUGGAGAAAUCAGAAGGGUGCAAUUACAUCAAAUGCAGGUGUGGAUACAGCUUCUGCUACCGGUGUGCAUCCAAGUUGUCCGCGCUAAACCAUUUCUGCAACAAGUGCAAGCGCUGA